AAUUUGGCACAGUCGAUUUGUUUAUAGAAACCGCGGUUUUGUAUUAUGAUACGAAAAUAAUUGAAGUAUAUGAUAAAUCAAAGCAAGGAUAGCAAAUAUUGUUAAUGAAUAAAGUAAAAUAGUAAAAUUUUCAUUGAUAGAACAAUAAUUAAAGCUGUUUGAAAAUUGGAUAUAUUUAAAAAUAACUAAUAGAAAAUACGUCAGCGUAUAGCUAGUAACAUGUCGAAUAUUGUUGAAACGUUGUCAAGGUAUAAUGAAGUUUGUUCUUCUCAAAGCGAAAAACCUGAUUCCCAUAUUAUCAAAGUACUUAAAAAGGAAGAAGCUUUGUUAAAAAAAAACCAGAAAGAUGGUUUACUUCUGUAUUUAGCGGGUAAUAAUCAUCACUAUACAGACCAUCGAUUAGGCGAUAAGGAUGCUCAAAUCUUAUAUCUAACGCUGAGAAACAAUCUUUUUAUCACCGGGUUGGAUCUACGUUAUAAUAAUAUUACAGAUGAAGGAGCACAGGCUAUAGGAGCUCUUGUUCAGGAGACGGUUACGCUCCAAGACCUAAAUUUAAUGUUCAAUGAUAUAACUAAAAUUGGAGCCAUCAUUAUUGCCAGUUGCAUGGAGAAAAAUGAUACGAUCACUACAUUGCGUUUAACUGGUAAUAAAAUUGGUAAUACUGGCGGAAUGGCCUUCGCUCAGAUGCUCCAAGUUAAUACCCGUUUAGCCUGCUUGGACUUAGGAGAUACGGAUUUAGAAAUUCAAAGUCUAAUAGCUUUCUCAACUGUCCUUCUGCAAAAUUUUACUCUGAAGUCGCUUGUUGUGAAUAGGCCUCUACUGUUUACCAAACAGGAAGAACAUACUAUACACUUUGCUAAAAUGUUGAAGAUAAAUAAAACUUUGACCGAAUUGCAUAUGGCAAAAUUCGAUAUGCGAGAUCACGGGGCUUUGUGGUUGUCGGAAAGCUUGCAAACUAAUUACACAAUUACGUACUUGAAUUUGAGCUGCAAUCGUAUAAGUCAAGACGGCGUCAAACAUUUGACAAACGUGCUGAGAAACAAUACACACUUAAAGGUACUCGAUUUGUCGUCAAACGAAAUUAAGGAUGCCGGAGCCGUCGCCUUAUCUCAGACCUUGGCUGGUCUGAAUACAAAUUUGACAACUUUGGAUGUGACCUACAAUCAAAUAAGCGGAGAAGGUCUUUGCGCUCUCGCCGAUUGCUUACGGAUCAAUACAACUUUAGCGAACGUUUAUAUUUGGGGCAACAAACUGGAACAAUCCGCUGCAAUCGCCUUCUGUAGACUACUCGAUAGUGGACGUUUAGAAAGUAAGAAUGUCGAUUUUGAACCGUACAUCGUCGAUGGAAAAACGAUUUUAUCGCGACUUAGCAAUACAAUAAGACCUUAUUACUACUGGGGAGCUUCGUACGGAGAGAAUCCUCAACCAGAGAUAGCAGAACUACUUCAAUGA